GUGGCGGGAGGGAGGGGCGGGUAAGGGUUGAAGCGCCCGGCGGCGAACGGGGAGGCCAGGGCCCGCUGACCGACGGGACGCUGGAGGAUGCUCCGCGAUGCCUUAGGGAGAACCUGCCGCUUCCUGGGCUACACGGUGCAGUAUGGCUGCAUAGCACACUGUGCCUUCGAGUACCUCGGAGGGAUUGUCGUGUGUUCUGGACCUUCGAUGGAACCGACCAUUCAAAAUUCCGACGUUGUGUUUUCGGAGAACCUGAGCCGCCACUUUUACUGCAUCCGAAAAGGAGAUAUUGUGAUUGUGAAAAGCCCAAAUGACCCCAAAUCAAAUAUCUGUAAAAGAGUAAUUGGCUUGGAAGGGGAUAAAGUCUGCACAAGCAACCCUUCAGAUUUCCUCAAGAGUCACAGCUACGUGCCUAAAGGACAUGUUUGGUUAGAAGGUGACAACCUCAGGAAUUCCACAGAUUCCAGGUGCUACGGACCUGUUCCUUACGGGCUGAUAAGAGGACGCAUUUGUCUGAAGCUUUGGCCUCUGAAUGACUUUGGAUUUCUCCGUGCAAGCCCCAACGGCCACCGAUUCCUCGACGAUUGAAAGAUUUAAGUUACUCUUGCCGGUUUUCGCAAUAUUUUCUACUAAAAUUAAUGGAACUAUUUUUGUUUAGAAUAAACACAAAUAUUACUUGACAAAAAAA